CUGAAAAGAUGAAAUUCAAAACAUACAUAUCCAAAGAUUUAAAAUUGAAAGAAACGAUUGCCGCUCUUGGUUGGAGCAACAAUGAAGAUAUUUACAGCUGUAAUGAAGAUCAGCAAGUGUACAAGUGGAGUUCGUCCAACCGAGAAAUGGUUCAAGUGGCCAAACUUCCUGAUGGUUUCGUGUCAACAGAUUUGCAUUGGCUUGUUGGCAAAUGGUCAGGUAUAGGUACUCCUGGUGCAAGUGCUGCUGGCGGUAGCAAAGGUGGCGAAUCUUUGCUGAUUGCGGGUGCGGAUGGGCGAUUUGUGAUUUUAAAUAAAAGUGCACGAAUCGAGCGAAACGUUUCGGCACACACCGGACCAAUUGUGACCGCUCGUUGGAGCCCGGACGGUGCCGGUUUGCUUACUGCCGGCGAGGAUGGCAUCAUUAAAAUUUGGUCCCGAUCAGGAAUGCUUCGGUCGACGGUUGUACAAAAUGAAGGGCAAAUUCGAUGCGCCAGAUGGUCCCCCAACGCAACGGCUAUCGCGUAUUGCCAAGGACCGUUUGUUGCAGUAAAACCGCUGGCAGCAAAUAGUAAGCUGACGAAAUGGAGAGCACACGAUGGGUUGGUCCUUUGUCUUACGUGGUCCAACAAUACCAGUAUGAUCGGCACUGGUGGCGAGGACUGUCGUUAUAAAAUUUGGGACUCUUUAGGAACGAACAUAUACACAAGUGUGGCUGAUGAUUAUGCUAUAACGUCAAUGGAUUUCUGUCCGGAUGGAGAAUUGCUAGCUAUCGGUGGAUUCAAUAUGUUGAAACUAUGCCAUUAUACAGGGUGGAGCCACAGCAUCGUACGCUUCAAUCAGCAAGUGACCGGAUCGCUAUUUAACAUUGUGUGGUCUGCGGAUAGCACACAGAUCGCGUCCUCAACCAGCACUGGAUCGCUGCUCUUUGGGCACAUUAUUGAACGUGAGCUGCGAAAUCGAAACCUAAAGGCAGUAACCACAGGCCGCAAAACUAUCCAGCUGCAGGACAUUGUUGCACGAACUAGUGACACGUUGGACUUUUCUGAACGAAUCAUCAAAUGGGAACUAGGAUACGGUCACUUGGUAGUAGCCACGGUUCAUCAAGUGCAUAUCUUCAACGAGCAUUACAUAAACACACCGAUUAUUAUAGAUGGUCGUAGCGACAUUCGCAUUAUAAUGCUUGGAAAGAAACAUUUCAUUCUAGUUGACUACAACUCCAUUUGGAUUUACACCUACACUGGACGGUUACAUUUGAAUCCCAGAUAUCCUGGAUCUCAGGCACAAAUUCCUCACCUGAACGGUCGCUGCGUAUCGCUUGGCAUGGAUUCGUUAGCCAUACGCGACCAUUCCGAUCAAAUGAUCGUGCAUGUGUUUGAUCUGCUUCCUGGUGCCACACGGCAGGAAGAACCGUACACCAUUCACAGCAAAUCUCCUGUGAUCGAGGUAGCUGUGUGCCGUUAUGGCAAUCCGGACGAUCAGUAUCUUGUGUUUAUUGACGCCAAUCAGGAUUUGUACAUCACGAGCGUGCACAGUGGACCGGAGUACGUGAUGCACAAAAUUGGAACCCAGGUUACAACAAUGAUGUGGUCCUCCGAUACUAAUAUUUUAGUAGGAUUGCACGACCUCAGCUACAGUGUUUGGUAUUGUCCCGGGGAGGCAUGUGGAGAUCCUACAUUGAUAGCGUUGACCACCUUCACGUACGAUACAAGCGAAUUCGGCAAAAACAUCACCUUGGAGAACUUUGAAGGAGCAAACAUAACGUUUCGUAGCUCGGGUGCAAUUUUCACCGUGUCGGUGAAAACUUAUUGCGUCAUACUUCACAAACUGUUCGCCGAGAAUCAAUGGGAACGUGCGCUGAAAUUGUGUCGCUUGGCACAGAACCACUUACUGUGGGCGACGCUUGCAGCAAUGGCUUCGAAGCGAAAUCAGUUGGAAAUAAGUGAAGAAGCAUUUUCGGCAUCGUUGCAAAUCGAUAAGGUGAACUACUUAAAUUAUAUCAAAUCUUUGCCCCUUUCAAGCCCGGAACAUAUGGCGGAAAAUUCGAUUAUGAAUGGACGAAUACAAGAGGCCGAGAUCAUACUGAUGCACAAUAAGCGCAUUCCAGAAGCAAUUCGCUUUUGUCUACGCAUGCACCGAUGGAAUAAAGCACUGGAGGUGGCACUUAAGCAUGGAACUGAUGUGGAAUUGGUACUGGAAGAGCGUAGAAAAUAUUUGCAAGCAUUGGAACGAGAAGAAAACGAUCCAAAAUUUCUGGCUUUGGAUGAGCGUCUAGAUUAG